AUGGCACCAAGAAACCUAACAAAUGUCUCAGAAUUUCUCCUUAUGGGUCUUUCAGAGUCACCAGAAAUGCAGCCCCUCAUAUUUGGGAUUUUCCUCUCCAUGUACCUGAUCACUGUGUUGGGAAACCUGCUCAUCAUCCUGGCCAUCAGGUCAGACUCCCACCUCCACACACCCAUGUACUUCUUCCUCUCCAACCUGUCCUUUGUAGACAUCUGUUUCAUCUCUACCACCAUCCCCAAGAUGCUGUGGAACAUCCAGAUGCAGAGCAAAGGUAUAACGUAUGCAGGCUGCAUCAGCCAGAUAUACUUUUUACUACUCUUUGUAGGAUUGGAUGACUUCCUCCUGACUGUGAUGGCCUAUGACAGGUUUGUGGCCAUAUGUCACCCCCUGCACUACACAGUCAUCAUGAACACCCAGCUCUGUGGACUCUUGGUUCUGGUUAGCUGGGUCAUCAGUACCCUGCACUCUUUGUUAGAAAGCUUAAUUGUACUGAGGCUAUCUUUCUGUAGAGAGGUGAAAAUCCCUCACUAUUUCUGUGAACUCAAACAGUUGAUCCAACUUGCCUCUUCUGACAGCUUUCUUAAUGGCAUGGUGCUGAAUUUUGCAGCUGGGUUGCUGGGUGGUGUUCCCCUUGUUGGCAUCUUUUACUCUUACUGUAAGAUAAUUUCCUCCAUAUGUGGAAUCUCAUCAGCUCAAAAGUAUAAAGCAUUUUCCACCUGUGCAUCUCACCUCUCUGUUGUCUCCUUAUUUUAUUGUACAUGCUUAGGGGUGUACCUUAGUUCUGCUGCUACCCACAGCUCACACUCAGGUAAAACAGCCUCUGUGAUGUACACUGUGGUCACACCCAUGCUGAACCCCUUCAUCUACAGUUUGAGGAACAAAGACAUAAAGAGGGCUCUGAAAGCAUUCCUUGAAAUGGCUGCUAUAAAAAAGCCAAUUUCCCUGGGCUGA